GGUGGGGGGAGAAAGCCGCUCCGAACUCCUGGCCCGCUUGGGGAUCCCCGUGGAGGAGAUGGACGCCCUGGACCGACACCUGGAGGGCCUGUGGGAAGCCCUGGAGGACAUCUACCUGUCCAAGGAGGUGGACGCCCCGCGGGAGAAGGUGGAGGCCGUGUCUUGGUCCGUGGCGGCCUUCAAGGGGGCCCUGAGGGCGGCCGGACGGGCCGAGGGUCCCGCCUGGGAGAGGCUGGGCGCCCUGGAGAGAUGCGUGGAAGGUCUGCCGCUGGAGGAAAUGGCGGCCCUGAAUGAGGAGCUGAGGACCCUCACAGAGGUCCUGAGGGAGAAGGCGGAAGCCCCAGAGGACGUGCCCUGGAUGGAGGUGGGAGAGGCCCCGGAUUGGGGCCAAGCAGAGACCUGGAAGGCGCCCGGCGCAGGUGCCGAUCCAACACCUGUGGUGGCAGGAGGAGGAAGAGACCAAGACGGGAUUGGGGCCUUGGGACUGCCUUUGCCAGCUUCUGUGGGGGCAUCAAGCUUCUCGACGAAGGAGGACACCGGUUGCAGCCGUCCUGUCAACUCCCCGGGAGGUGCGUCGGCCUCGGGGCCUCCUUCGGGUCUUGGGGCAAGGAGAAACUGGCACAAGGAUGUGACUCAGGAGGCGCGCCAGUGCUUGGUCCCGAAGUUCGCAGAAGACAUCACGGGAAGGCAGCGUUCCCUCGGGGCAAAACCCGCAGUGCUGGUACAAGUGGAACCCUUCAGGAAAAGAGGAAGACCCCGACUGCGAGAUGGACAGGCUUCAGUAAGGAACCACAAGCUGGAGUUGGCGAGAUCUGAGCAGGGCCGUUGAGGACGUGAUCUUCUGGAGGUCACUCAUUCAUGGGGUUGCCCUAAGUCAUGGUCAGGCUCCCCACUGCUUGGCCCUUUCACACACCGCAGUCAAGUCUGGUUGCCCCACCCGCUUGGCUGGCCUUUUCUGACUUCAGAGCUGGAACAAGCCGCCCGAGAAAUACCAGGCAGAUCCAGCUCAGGACGCCCCCUGAGUUGGGCACAGGGCACGGGGUCUCCCGAGCCCCUCCACCAGUCCCCUGGACAGAUGCCGUGGGCAGGGACAUCAUCAUCCGGGGGAAGCCUAGCAGUGCAGGCGGUUGGUCGGUCCCCCCUGAGACGCCAGGUGUAAGGGAGAAGGAAAGUCUCUGUUUUUCCUGGAGCGAAAAAUAACUCAAAUAAAUUGUGACAAGCCUUGUA